CCCGCCGCUCCCGGAGCGCCCGGUCCGACCGCGGCGGCCACUGGAGCUCACGGGGAGACGCCGGGCGAGGGCCGCGGGACCAGCGCACGCGAGGCGAGCGGGGCCGGGGCGCGAGCGGUCGGGGAGCUCGUAGCAGCCGGGCGGGCCGGGGGCCACGCGAGCGAAGCUCCUGCAAACUUGGGCGCGCGCUCGCACCUCUGCGGCCGGAGCGAUGAAGAUGGUCGCGCCCUGGACGCGGUUCUACUCCAACAGCUGCUGCCUGUGCUGCCAUGUCCGCACCGGCACCAUCCUGCUGGGCGUCUGGUACCUGAUCAUCAAUGCUGUGGUGCUGCUGAUUCUGUUGAGUGCCCUGGCUGAUCCAGAUCAGUACUACUUUACAAGUUCUGAACUAGGAGGUGACUUUGAGUUCAUGGAUGAUGCCAAAAUGUGCAUUACUAUUGCAAUUUCUCUUCUCAUAUUCCUGAUAUGUGCAAUGGCUACUUACGGAGCAUACAAGCAACACGCGGCUUGGAUCAUCCCGUUCUUCUGUUACCAGAUCUUUGAUUUUGCCCUGAACACCUUGAUUGCAAUCACUAUGCUCGUUUAUCCAAACUCCAUUCAGGAAUUCAUCCGACAGCUGCCUCCUAAUUUUCCCUACAGAGAUGAUAUCAUGUCAGUGAGUCCGACCUGUUUGGUCCUUAUUAUUUUCCUGUUUAUCAUCAUUAUCUUGCUAACUAAGGGUUACCUGAUCAACUGUGUUUGGAACUGCUACCGCUACAUCAACAGCAGGAACUCCUCCGAUGUCCUGGUUUAUGCUACCAGCAAUGACACUACGGUGCUGUUACCCCCCUAUGAUGAUGCCACCGUGAACGGUGCUGCCAAGGAACCGCCACCACCUUAUGUGUCUGCUUGAGCCAGACCCUGGGGUGGCGCCAAGAACAGCAACUUGACUUUUCAGAUGUUGGAGCUGUAGUUCUUUGAUUUCACUCCUGAGAUGGGCUCUCUGUGCUUAUUUGUUGCUAAAAUGCUACCCUGGUAAAAUUUACACAUUAAGUUGAAACCUCUGUAGUCAUACAGUGCAUUUUAGCUGGAGGACUGUGAUAGAUAAUUUGUGGAAUUCUUUCUGUAGCUGUAGGUGCAAUGGGGUUCCUUGGCCUUCUGUAGGCAUUGAAACCUCCCAAUAAUGUGGAUGAACCUUGAGCUGGAGGAAUCUGUUUUUGUACCUGCUGUGCCCCAGAGGUGAGAAUUAGUUACCCUUUCUCUCUCUCUCUCUUUUUUUUUUUUUUUUUUGAGUGUGUGAAAUAAAGUCAAAUCUAGAUACUGCUUUUUCUUCAGUCAUCUCAUUGUAUAAGGGAAGCUUGUCUGAGAACAGGAAUGUUAAUUCUGUAGUCAUUGCUCUAACUGGGCAAGGAGGAGUCCAUCUAUCUAUAAA